GAAGAAAAGCGCCUCGUGUAGCUUAAGAAAACAAAAAAGGCCUCGAGUGCCUUGCACCAUACUUUGACUAUGACGUUGGAUUCUUCAUAUAUAAAAUCUCUGGUCCAUGUUCAAGUGUGAAGGCUUGAGUUAGAAAGUAGAGUAAAAAGUUAGUCUGGCAAUGGAUCCAAAUCCAAAUCGAAAUCGACUGAAACUUGACUUCAUUCCAUUCCUAGCACCAGGCCAUUUGAUCCCACUCUGCGGCCUAGCCACGCUCUUGGCAUCACGCGGCCACCACGUGAGGGUCAUCACCACUCCCUCCAACGCCCAAUUACUUGCCAAAUCCAACCCCUCCCUCCACCUCCACACCGUCGAUUUUCCCGCCCGAGAAGCGGGCCUCGCCCACGGCGUCGAAAUCAUGUCCAAAGUCGACGACUUCAACAAGGCCGCAAACUUCUACAGAGCCGCCAUGCUGCUCCGCGGACCCAUCGCCCGUAUCCUGGAGCAGCAACCACCCGAUUGCAUCGUCGCCGACUUCAUGUACCCCUGGAUGGAUGACGUGGCCAACAACCUCAACAUCCCCAGACUAGCCUUCAACGGAUUCUCCCUCUUCACCGUUGCAGCCAUGGAGUCCGUCAAAGCAAACCCCGCACUGCUUCCCUCCGACGCGGCUCCCUUCGUCAUUCCCGAUUUUCCUCACCAUAUCACCAUGUGCGCGCCACCACCGAAGAUCGCCACCGGCUUCAUGGACCAGUUACUGGGGAUAGAGCUGAAGAGCCACGGCCUCAUCGUGAACAGCUUCGCGGAACUCGACGGAGAAGAGUACCUGGAGCACUACCAGAAAAGAACCGGUCACAAAGCUUGGCAUGUUGGGCCAGCUUGCCUGGCUCCCAGAAGCGGUGAAGAGAGGGCGGAGAAGAGCGUGGUGAGCGAGAACGAGUGUCUCAGUUGGCUUGACUCCAAGCCACCUCAGUCAGUUGUUUACAUAUGCUUCGGGAGCAUGUGUCGUUUUCCGGAUAAACAGCUUUACGAGAUGGCGUGCGGGUUGGAGCAAGCAGGCCAUGCAUUCAUAUGGGUAGUGCCAGAGAAGAAGGGAGAGGAAUGUGAUAAAGAAGAGGAGAAGGAAAUGUGGCUUCCCAAAGGGUUUGAGGAGAGAAAUAAGGAGAAGGGUUUGAUUAUUAGGGGGUGGGCCCCGCAGCUGCUUAUUCUUGGCCACGCUGCGGUGGCUGCUUUUCUCACCCACUGCGGUUGGAACUCCACGUUGGAGGCCGUGACUGCUGGAGUUCCGAUGAUUACGUGGCCGGUGCAAGGGGAUCAGUUCUACAAUGAGAAGCUUGUGAGUGAGGUGAGGGGAAUCGGGGUGGAGGUGGGUGCCACAGAAUGGAGAGUGGUUGGUUAUGGGGAGAGGGAGAAGCUGAUCGGUAGAGAUUGCAUUGAGAGAGCGGUGAGGAGGUUGAUGGACGGCGGUGAGGAAGCUCUCAACAUCAGACGUCGUGCAAAAGAGUUUGGAGAAAAGGCUAAAGAGGCUCUUCAGGAAGGGGGUUCCUCUCACGACAGCUUAUCGGCCCUCAUUGCUCAUCUCCUGCGGCUGAGGGACUCCAAGAUUAACUCACUUCAUUCAUUCUGACGCUCUCACUCUCACCAUUACUCUAUGUUAUUUCAUUUCUUCUAAUUUUCCUUUCUGCACCCCAUUUCGCCUUCUUAGUUUUCUUCAAAGCAAUCAAAGUAUGUAUGUUUGAGUCUUGA